CCUUUUCCUUCUCUCCUCCUUUUUCGCUUCCUCUCCCCCUCCUCUCUCUCUCUCUCUGAGGUUUCUCCCAAUUUAGUUCCUCGGAUUCCCCAAAUCUCUUCGAUCAGAGCCGCUUCUCCUCCCUAAUCCCCUCAUUUCGUCUUGUUUUUUUCCUCCAUUUUCCGUGAUUUUUUCGAAUUUAUAGGGUUUCGGGAACUUGGAGCUGAAGAGCUCGCGUUCUGGAGAUGGGGAGAUCUAAAUCGGAGGAAAUACUGGUGGGAUUCACCGGGCGAAGCUUCUCGUGAUGAUUGGGGUUGAGAAAUUGGAGUGGAUUUGGAUCCGCGGCAGGUCUGUAUCCGGAGGAGAGGGAUUGAUGCGGUGGGAGCUCGGUUUUUCUCGGUUCUGUGCUCCCUGUCGGUUGGAUCUUUGAUCGUCCGGGGGUGGAUUGGAGGUCGUGUUGGGCGAGCUGGGGAUUGGACCGUGGGCGUUGAUGAGGAUUUGGUGCGGGGCGGAAGAAAAGUUUGCGGCUUCACCAUGUAUUUCACCAAGCUCGAUGAUUCUCCCAUGUUUCGGAAACAGAUUCAAUCACUUGAAGAAAGCGCUGAAUCAUUAAGGGAGAGGUGCUUAAAGUUUUAUAAAGGCUGUCGCAAGUAUACAGAAGGACUUGGUGAGGCAUAUGAUGGGGAUAUAGCUUUUGCAAGCUCUCUCGAAACAUUUGGAGGAGGGCACAAUGACCCCAUUAGUGUCGCUUUUGGAGGACCUGUUAUGACCAAAUUUACAAUUGCGUUGAGGGAAAUAGGAACAUACAAAGAAGUUCUACGUUCUCAGGUUGAGCACAUGUUAAAUGACAGAUUGCUGCAAUUUGUAGAUAUGGAUCUGCAUGAUGUCAAGGAUGCUCGUAAGCGUUUUGACAAGACAAGCCUUCUCUAUGACCAGGCUCGUGAGAAGUAUCUAUCACUGAAGAAGGGCACAAAAGCUGACAUAGCAACUGUAUUAGAGGAUGAGCUCCAUAGUGCAAGAUCGUCAUUUGAGCAAGCCCGUUUUAAUCUGGUUACUGCUCUUUCAAACAUUGAAGCAAAGAAGAGAUUUGAAUUUUUAGAGGCUGUUAGUGGAACAAUGGAUGCUCAUCUUCGUUAUUUCAAACAAGGAUAUGAGCUACUGCAUCAGAUGGAACCAUAUAUCCACCAGGUUCUGGCUUAUGCACAACAGUCAAGAGAACGGUCUAACUAUGAGCAGGCGGCUCUUGUUGAGAGAAUGCAAGAAUUCAAAAGACAGGUUGAUCGAGAAAGUCGAUGGUCUUCUAAUGGGUCACAUGAUUCUCCUAAUGGAGAUGGCAUACAAGCUAUUGGUAGAAGUUCUCAUAAAAUGAUAGAAGCAGUGAUGCAGUCAGCUGCAAAGGGAAAGGUUCAAACCAUUCGGCAAGGUUAUCUUUCGAAACGAUCAUCGAACUUGAGAGGUGAUUGGAAGAGAAGGUUUUUUGUUCUUGACAGUCGAGGAAUGCUGUAUUACUAUCGCAAGCAGUGGAGCAGACCAUCUGGAGGUCACUCUAGUCAGAGAAAUCACAACUCAUCUGAACAUGGUUCUGGGUUGCUGAGCCGGUGGUUCUCUUCUCACUAUCAUGGUGGUGUACAUGAUGAGAAGUCUGUUGCACGUCAUACUGUAAACCUGCUUACUUCAACAAUAAAAGUUGAUGCAGACCAGUCAGACUUGCGUUUCUGCUUCAGGAUCAUUUCACCAACGAAGAACUACACUUUGCAGGCGGAGAGCGCAAUGGACCAGAUGGAUUGGAUUGAAAAAAUAACUGGAGUUAUUGCUUCUCUGCUGAGCUCCCAGUCUCCUGAACAGCGCCUCCUUGCCAGCCCUACAAGCAGUGGCCAUCAUCGUGCUGCCAGUGAGAGUAGUUCAAUUGGUAGCUCAUCUGAUUUUGAUCACUUAAAUGAAGAACCAUCGAUGGACAAGAACUUUAUGAGUGGACAUUUUGAGCGUGCUAGCAGAAGCUCACAACAACAUAGGUCCAAUGCGAAGCACGAGAAACCAAUUGAUGUGCUAAGAAAAGUAUGUGGAAAUGACACUUGUGCUGACUGUGGUGCUUCUGAUCCUGACUGGGCAUCCUUAAACCUCGGUGUUCUGGUAUGCAUUGAGUGUUCUGGGGUUCAUCGGAACCUUGGUGUGCAUAUAUCUAAGGUAAGAUCUUUGACGCUUGAUGUCAAAGUAUGGGAACCAUCUGUUAUUAAUCUGUUUCAAGCAUUGGGCAAUAAAUUUGCCAACUCCAUCUGGGAGGAAUUAUUGCCAUCAACAAGUAAUGGAAAAUGCGAUGACGUUUCUAGUUCCAGUAAGUUAGACAAGAAACAACAGCAGACAUCCAUCAGCAAGCCCAAGCACACAGACCCUAUUCCAAUAAAAGAGAGGUUCAUUCAAGCAAAGUAUGCAGAGAAGUAUUUUGUUCGUAAAGCAAUGACAGAUCAUCAUAUAGUGGCUCAAAAGAUGUGGGACAGCGUCCAUGCCAAUGACAAGAAAGCAGUAUACCACCACAUUGUCACUUCAAAUGCUGAUGUUAAUGUUGUGUAUGGGCAGGGAUCUUUCAACUCAUCUCUAACUCUUGCAAAAGCAAUGCUUCUGCAAGAGCAGCCAACUGCAGUAUUGGAUCGAAGUUCUAGCUGUGCAGCCGGAGAUUCCCUGCAGAAGACUUCCACUAUCAGCUCCUUUAGCUCAGCGAGCACAAAUGAGGACCGAACUGAGUUGGAUGAGUGCCUCGAGGGCUUCUCCCUACUUCACCUUGCGUGCCGAACUGCAGAUAUGGGCAUGGCAGAGCUCCUCCUACAGUAUGGUGCCAAUGUAAAUUCUGCUGAUUUUAGGGGAAGGACACCACUUCAUCAUUGUAUUCUUAAAGGAAGACAUUUGUUUGCCAGACUACUGCUUUCCAGGGGGGCUGACCCACAAGCUACUGACAGAGAAGGCAAAACCCCCCUACAGUAUGCAUUAGAGACGGGAAAUGUUGAUGAUGAAGAGGUUCUUUUUCUCUUGGAGGACCCAAACAGAUAGUGUGAAGACUCGGGAUAUUUACUUGGUACUACAUUCCAAAAUUUUUGGGUCAAUUCCUGAAAGCAUUCGGCCUGCUGGAGCAAAUGAGCAGAUUGCUUAUUGCCCGUGACCUGCAGACGCCCAUGCUCAACAAGCCUACUGGUUCCACACUUUGUUUCUGGGGAUUGGAAACAGGAUAUGGUUCUGGUGCUUCUGUAAUGUAAGGUGUCUGCUUGUUUAUUCAGUUGGUUUUGUUUGCAGCUGCAUGCAUUGUGUGAGUUGUGUACGUUGCCUUGUUUCCAAGUUUAUUUAACUUGGUCCACUUGUUCUUUGAUUGACCUUGAUUAGAUAUCUUUUUGGUCGUGGAAAUUUGUAUAUAUAUCUGGUUCCAUGAUAAACUAUAGUGUUGGAAGAGAGAAGCAGUAUUUGUAUCAUUUGGAUCUCUUUUGAUUCAAUAUAGGAAUCGACCUAGUUUAUCCGAGCCAA